AUGGGCAAACAUGUGGCCGUUCUCCGUGAAGGCCACAUCACCGCGGGACAGGGUUAUGAGGACCGAGUGUUCCUCGAGGACCCAACAGCAUCUGAUGAUUUCUCCCUCGUGUUAAGAGACGUCGUGUUUAGUGAUGGAGGAAUAUAUGAAUGUCUGUGGAGGGGCCAGAAACCGGUUUGCUCUGUGUUUGUAGAUGUGUUGGAAUCCUUAAAUUUUCCUGUUUUGGCUGCGGUGGGUGAAGAUGUCACUUUGCAUUGUUUCGGCAACGUCCCCUCAAAUAACCCCUGGGAAGAUAUUGACAUCCAUUGGCUUAAAGAUGAGCGUGAAGUUCUGCGGUUCACGUCUGGAAAGAUUGAUGUUAAUGUUGAUAACAGUCAUAUGUCAUUGCCCGUCAGAGAGGAGAUGUCUCGAGGGAUCUUCUCAUUGAAUAUCAGAUCUAUAAGAGCUCAGGAUCAGGGAGUUUAUCAGUGCCGCUACAAGAGCACCGAUCACGAGGAUCUACAGAACGGAUUACCAGAAACACGAAAACUCAUUCUUCUGGAUGUGUCUUCUGAUGUUCCAUCCACCUCAGAGUCCAUCCUCAGCACCAGCAGCGGCUCUUAUACUCAAACCAGCACAUCUGUACCAACAUGGACGUCUGUUGCGAGCACUGAAUGGUCCACUGAAAUCAGCACGUCUGCGCAGACGUCUGCAGAUACAGUUGAAGGUAUCUGA